CGUGGCACUCGGCUACCAGGAGAAGAGAAAGCGCUGGAGGUGAAGGUGUUAGUUCCGCGACCACCGUUACAAUUCCCUCAUUUCUACGACUUCUCUGACGCGCUAUUCUGAACUAUCGAACUCACUGGCGUCGACAUAACGUGCAUAAUCCAAAGCAAAGCCGCAAUGCGACCGCUAAACAAAUUUUUGCAAUCAGUGUUGCGAUUGGUGGAUCUAUUGAUCAUGAACAGGUAGCCGAAGAUUAUCCAUCCCACCGAGAAACUGCAUUUCGCUGGUCCAAGAACAAGAAGUUCCUCUCAGUCAGUUAACAACAAAGCGAGUGUUCCUCGACGACUGGCCCUUUCACCAAGUGAUCUAUAGUGCGUUUGAAACAACAGUGAUCGGGACGCAGAUUGUCCUAAAAAUAGUCAUUUAGGCAAAUUGCUUGCUGGGUAUUUUUGUGUCUGUUGACGUCGUCGACGUCGUAGCUUGAGAUUCUGAGGUUUAAAAUCGCAGUUAUGCGUGAGAAAUCGUUCCUUCAUAUGUUUCAAGGGACCUUCCCCCAGCUGAUCGCUGUCCUCACAGGUACAAUCGGAGCAGUUUCCGAUGGGAUGCACUAUGGUUGGACGGCGCCUGUCCUUCAAGUGCUGGAAAGCAACAAAACACAUAUACAUCUUGAAGAGGCUGACCACAUAUGGCUAGAAUCUAUUUAUAUGAUUGGAGGCAUUACAGGAUUACCAGUUACCAUUUUCGCUGUGGACAGAAUCGGCCGGAAAGGCUCCAUCAUCAUCUCAGCCGUCAUAGCUCUGAUCUCUUGGAUUCUAAUCGCCAUCGCAGACAGAUCCAUCUACCUUUACGUAGCAAGGUUCAUGGUUGGUUUGUCCGGUGAUGUAGCUUUCGUCGCAGCUCCUAUGUACAUCGCCGAAAUAGCUGACAAAAAAAUCCGAGGCUUCCUAGCAGGAAUUAUCUACCUAAUGAUGCUAGUAGGGAUACUUUUAAUCUACGCGAUAGUGCCAUAUGUACCUUUUUACGUGCCUAGUAUAAUCGGUGCCAUUCUAGUUUUAAUCCAACUUAUUACAUUCCCAUUUAUGCCUGAUAGUCCAUACUAUUUAUUACAGAAAGGUAAAGAUGCUAAAGCUAAGAAGCAUCUGCAAAGGUUAAGGGGAACAGAAAACGUUGAUGUGGAAUUAUCCGAGAUAGUAGCUGCUGUAAAGAGACAGAAGAGUGAGACCGGAAGACCUCAAGAUUUAAUUAUUUCGAAAAGCAAUAGAAAAGCUGUACUAAUUAUGUUUGUACUUAACGGUGCACAACAUUUUAGUAGCAUAAGUGUGAUGCUGAUGAAUUUGCACGAAAUUUUAGCUGCAGCUAACUCAAUAUAUAUGUCAGCUGAACUGGCUGGUAUAUUAUUCGCAUCGCUUAUGCUUUUAGCUGCUACUAUUGCUGAUUUUGUAGUAGAUAAAUUCGGACGAAAAGGUCUUUUAACCGUAUCCAGUUUAUUAACUGGCAUUUGCUUACUAGUUUUAGCUGUCUUCUUUAGUUUAAAGAAUCAUCAUUAUGAUGUAUCAGGAAUAUCUUGGAUACCUGUAGUAGCUGUUAUGGUAUAUGCAGCUGUAUUUAAAUUUGGUUUGGGUAUAAUACCCAUUGUGAUGACAGCAGAGCUGUUUCCAGCUAGAGUUAAGGCUAUGGGUAUGACAAUAGCUGAUUUCUUCUAUGUCCUUUUUGCUUGGAUAUCCAUAGAGCUUUAUCAAAGGCUCGCUGGCUUGUAUGGUCACGAAGUUCCCUUUUAUAUCUUCUCAGGUUCCUGUAUUCUAACUGCGAUAUUUGCACAAGUAUAUAUCCCAGAAACGAAGGGAAAAACUUUAGAAGAAAUUCAGUUUAUUUUGAAAGGAGUGCCUUUUCCCAUGAGGAGUAAUAGCUUAAGGUCUGAAUCGCUUUCACAUACUACAAUAGAAGAUAAAGACAAUAAAAAUACUAACAGUAAUAAAAGUACUAAAAGUAUUCAGAUAUAACGUUUAAUGAAAAUUAAUAUCAAAAUGGCAAUCAGUUUCUAGACCGCGAUAAUAUAUUGUUCAUUCCUAUUUAAUUAUUAUGAAAUCGUUACUAUCUUAUACUUGAAAUUGAGAUUAAUGUGUACAUAUUUAAUUUAGUUAGAUAAAUGCCAUUUUGAAUGACUGAAAAUUGUGAAAGCAACGAAUGGAUCAGAAUAUUUGUAAGCUAAGAAAAUUGAUAUUUGUUUUAGGUAAUAAUCAAAACAAGAAGAUUUAUUUUAUUAUUCUAAGUGCCUUAUUGUUAAAUUAUUUUCUGCUUUGUAUCGGAAUAUUGGAGUAAGUACCUAUUUGGGAAAAAAUAGAAUACAAAAAUCAACUAUUUAGUAGUCACCGAUGAAUGAAAUUAAAUCACUAUCAAUACGUUCUUACGUCAAAAAUGUGUCAUUUACUGUACAGAUGCGAAUCCCGGCAAAAUAUCAAAGGAUUUUGAAGUGAGAAUCCUGUGAUUUUAAAACUUUAAAUAGGUAUUUUAAAUUAUUCUUGCUAGAGAUUGGCAUUGUAAACAAAGGACCUUUAAAUCUUUAUGGCCAUUCGUGUCUCUUUCUUGAUGUUCUUUGUCAAAUUUCGCAUCUGUUGUGGAUUAUCUGUGAUAAGGAUUGACAAACGACUGCCAGUUUACUUUUAACACUGUUUUUUGUAAGCUAGAAUAACAUGGUAAAAGUCUACGUGUGAUAGGUUUUGUAGAAAAAAUAUAUUUGAAUGAUUAUAUUAUUUUUGUUUUGUUUUCACGAGUACAAACUAUUAUUUUUAAGCUAGAUAGAAUAACAGUGAAUUAUUGAUAGUGAUAAUUUUAAAACUUAAAUGUCUCCAUAGUUUUAAUAUAAAUCAAAACGCAGUCCUUUUUUUGAUUAAAUUAAAAAAUAAAUCUUCUUGUAAUGUGAAUUUUAUGAACUGAUCUUACGUUAUAAAUUAAGAUACAAAUUAGUAGGUCAAAUAAACAUUCUCAAAUUUACACAAUAUUGACAAGCACUUGCCCCAGGUAUAUAGUUAUGUGCAAUAUUUUUUCUGCUACGUCAAUGACUCCAAAAAUGCAGGACUAUUUUAAUCAAAAUUAUUUAUUGGUUUAGAUAUAAACAUUUGGAAUAAAUAAGCUCAUUCUUUGUUAUUACAAUUUUAGAACGACUAGUAGUAAUAUAGAUCUAUGUAAAUAUAGAUACAAUUUAUACAUUAUAAGAAAUAUUAUGCUACUAAGAGUAGAAGGAAUAUUAUUGUUGGGCAUGGAAGUUUGUACAAAUAGUGUGCUAUAUAUGAAAUUUGUUCUGGUUCUAAAAACACUAUUUUAGAACUGACAAUGUCGGUAGUGACAGACCUAAUCAAAGAACAUUCCCUUGUGAAAUUAAAGGAAAGAUGGGAUGAAACAAGAAAGUGCAGAGUUAUCCUGACAACACUGCAGCAAACAAAUACUUGACUGUGACUAGACAGAAUCUGCGCCUAGUCACAGACAUUCUGACUGGUCAUUGUCAAGUACGAAAGCAUCUCCAUAUCAUGGGGCUGUGAGAAUCUGCACUUUGCAAAUGAGACCAUCUAGCAUAUCUUUUACGAUUGCUUGACGCUCUUAUGUAUUAGAAGAUUUGUGUUCGGCGUGUAUUGGCUAACACCGGCCGAUAUAAGAGACGCACCUAUUGGCGACGUUGUCAACUACAUUAAGUCUGUAGGCUGGUUCAAGAGCUAGGAGGUGCAUAGGCACCCAGGAGGAUAUACAAUAUGCCUAAUGAGACCUAAGUUCCGUGGGGAACAAGUUACAGAUACAGAAGGAGGAUUGUGAACCCUUCUCCUCGAAUAUGUUGCUCAUUGUUUAUGAUGCCAAGCUAAAUGCAGAAUGUUACGACUUUGAUGUUUCGUUUCUGCAAAUCAUUUUUAAGGUCAAACUUUUAUUUAUUUAUAAAUUACAGCAAACUCGAUUUUUCCAGUAGUCAC